GUGGCCUUCUGCUGAUAGUCGCCCUCUCUGCCGGAGUAAAGUCUUCUCUCAGUGGCAGCUUACAGGAGGGAAAACAAACCAGAAGUUUUGAGAUACAGAGCAGGGAAGCAGAAAGAAGAAAAGACACAGCUGUCCUCAAAACCGCAUUCUCUCCCAGGCUGUAUGUGGGUUUUGUACAGUCAUGGCAUCAGCAGCUCCACCAAAAAGGAUGGUGUCCUCUGUCUUCAUCACUCUGGCAUCUCCUCACCGAGCCACUGUGACACCGCAGCAGCCCGUCCUCCAGGCUCACAGUGCCCCGGCUAGAGACAAGCAGCACACUGCUGUACGAGUCAGCCCCAGUGACAACAUCCCCACCGUCAGACAUAAGAAAGAGGACCACUCACAGUCUAAGCCCUCUGGCAGUGCGGACAGCACAGGCCGGACUCGUACAGGAGUCUCCGCCCGAGCUUCAGACCCUCAGAGUCCAAAACCUGACCCACCUGGAGCCAGCAGAGGAAAGCUGCAAGAAGAGGGCGUGCAUGCUGAAGAGCUCUUCCCUCUUCCUCCUCCUCCUCCUCCUGCUGUUGCAUUGCCUUCAUCUCCUGGAACAUCGCUCUCUGAAGAAUCAGCUCUUCCACCACCUCCUCCUGCCCAGACGCCUCUCUCCCCUCUGACCCCAGGCCAGCAGCCAGUUUACAACACAGAGGUGGAAACAAGCACACCAUCUAGUGGGUUGAAACAGGAUGAACAAUCCCAUGGGAUCCAUAAUAACGGCCAAGACACGAGCGGGGAGAGUCGAGAGGUGUGUGGCUUCUGUCGGAAACCCGUGGCUCUCUCUGAACCUGCAAUAGAGGCUUUAAACAGGACGUACCAUGAUGGUUGUUUCCAGUGUAGGUCUUGUCACAUUCCCCUGGCUGGUAAACAGUACUACAACAAGGCAGGAAUCCCCCUCUGUGAGGACUGCUACCAGGCCAGUCUGGAGCUUUGCUGGGCGUGUGGGGAGGCCAUCACAGAUCAUGUGAUCCGAGCACUGGAGCGAGCGUACCACCUCACUUGUUUCACCUGUGCAACAUGUAAACAGCAAAUUGGAGAGAUGCCUUUUGCUCAGGGAGAAGUUGGAGAGGUGUACUGCCUCCAGGACUAUUACAGGAAGUAUGCUCCGAAUUGUCACGCCUGCAACCAGCUAAUUAUCCCAAAAGAGGAUGGUACUGACAGCUAUAAUGUUAAAUGCCUGGGACACUCCUACCAUGAGAACUGCUACAGAUGUGAGGUCUGCGUCAUCCAGCUCUCUCCUGAACCAAAUGACCACGGUUGCUAUCCUUUGGAUGGUAGGUUGCUUUGCAAAUCCUGCCAUCUGAACCUGGUCUCUGCCCAGCACUAACACCGGCCUCACAGCCCGGGAUACACUGCAGCUGAUGGAAAAGUGCCACGAGUCCAGGUUCAAAGUCGUGGGAGACUCUGCAUGUGCAUUUAAGACUCUGGAAUACAAACACACACCCUUUUUUUCAGCAGAAAAAUAAUGAAAUAUGGCUUUUUUUAAAAAAAGAUUUUUUUUACAAUAUAUCAUGCUCUCUGAGGAUCCUCCUUUUCUUCUUUUAUACUUGAUCAUUUUGCACUCCAUAAACUACAAAAUGCACCAAAUAUAUUUAUGCAGCAGCCUUUGCAAAAACAUACGGCAAGCAUUAUUAAGAACUUUGUAAAUCUCAGUCAGUGUACUGUUUCUCAACUGCAUUACCACUUUAUAUAAAAAACUGUCUAGAAAAAACAAACUUUAUAUAAAAGUAACCUAAUAUAUUUUAUCUUGAGGCAGGCUCCAACAUAACAUUUGUUAAAUUACACACACACACAAUCAACAAGUAUUGAGAAGUGGGAAAAAAGAUGACAGUUUCACUCACAGUAGUGUAAUUGAUUUAAAAAACAGAACACAGACGUUAGAGCUUAUAUGAAAUAAAGUGUAACAGAGCAUAAUGGAACAUCCUAAAGCACCAAAAUUUUGAUUACAUCCACUGUUUUUAAAGGUCCACUGUGUAGGAUUUAGUGGCAUCUAGUGGUGAGGUUGCAGAACUGAAACUCUUCUGGUGUGCCAGGCGUGUAAGGGAACUACUAUGGCCAACGCAAAAACUGGAAUGGCCUUAUCUAGAGCCAGUGUUUGAUUUGUCCGUUCUGGGCUACUGUAGAAACAACAUGGUGGACUUUGUGGAAGAGGACCCACUCCACAUGCAGAUAUAAACGGCUCAUUCUAAGGAAACAAAAACACAACGUUUUGUAUUUUCAGGUGAUUAUAAACUAAUGAAAACAUAGUUAUAAAUAUGAUAAAUCAUUUCUGCUAAAAGAUGCCCCUAAAUCCUACACACUGAACCUUUAACUCAUAAAGAUCUUCACUGGACUACAGGGCCUUAUAUUUGUCCUUUUUUUUUUUUUUUUG